CCCCUGCACAGAUCAUCCGAGGUUUGUCCAAUGCAGUACUGCAGUACUCGGGGUGGGGUCCAUGGAUGGAGCUUCCGGGAUGUGCUGUUUUCAGGCUACGCUCCAGAUGGGGGGAUGUUCAUGCCAGAGAGUGUGCCUGUCCUGAGCCCGGACACCCUUAAAGGCUGGAAGGGGCUGUCCUACACUAAACUGGUGGUGGAGGUCGCCUCCCUGUUCAUCCCCACUCAGCUGGUCCCCAGAGAGGACCUGGAGGUCCUAGUGGGUGGAGCCCUGUCUGGUUUCUCAGUCCCUGAGGUGGUGAGAAUUGCCCGGCUGAAGGAGGGUCUGUUGGUCCUGGAGCUCUUUCAUGGAGAGACCUUGGCCUUUAAGGAUCUGGCCAUGACAUGCACGGUGCGCUUCCUUGACUACUUCCUGCAAAAAGAGAAUCACAGAGCUACCGUUGUUGUAGGUACAUCAGGAGACACAGGUGGCUCGGCCAUCCAGAGUGCAAAAGGUCUCUGUGGAUUGGAUGUGGUAGUGGUUUACCCCCGAGGACGCAUCACUCCAGUCCAAGAGAAACACAUGAUAACCUGUUUGGAGGAUAAUGUCCAUGUGUUUGCAGCGGACGGCAGCUCAGAUGACAUAGACCAGCCUCUACGCCAUCUGUUUUCUGACCAGGAGCUAGUCAAGUCUCAUGGCCUAAUGAGCCUUAACUCAGUCAACUGGUCUAGAGUCAUGAUCCAGCUCGCCCACUUCAUCUAUGCUUACCUGGAGCUCAGUGAUCUGGAGCAGGCUGACUUAGACAUGCCUGAGCUGGAGGUGGUGGUGCCUACUGGAGGGGCGGGAAACAUUGCAGCUGGCUACAUUGUAAAGCAGAUGGGACUGCCCCUGAAGCUGGUGGCCAUGGUGAAUUCUAAUGACAUAGUGCACAGGAUGGUAACCACUGGUGACUUUUCCAUGGCAGCUAAUGUCACACAAACCUUGGCACCUGCCAUAGACAUCCAGGAUCCAUACAACAUGGAGCGUGUGUUCUGGCUACUGCUGGGCAGAGACGGAGCUUCAGUGAAGAACAUGAUGGAGGAGUUUCAACGAUCACGUAGACAAUCUCUGCCUGAGAACCACCGCAAUCUGUUGUCACAAGUUUUAUCAACUGGAACAGUGUCUGAUGAAGGGAUCCUGGAUACCAUGAGACGAUGCUGGGAGGAAAACCAGUAUGUGCUGUGUCCACACACUGCUGUGGCUGUAUGGCACCACUACCACUGUCCACACAGCCCAAGGCUCCACAGGUGUUACGUUGCAACAGCAUCUCCAGCCAAGUUUCAGGCAGCAGUGCAGAGAGCUGGUCUGACCUUUGACCUACCUGAGGCAGUGCUGGCACUGGACAAGUUGGCCACCCGUUACCAGAACCUGGAGCGGAGCCUGAACUGGUGCAAAGACUGGGAGGACAAACUGAAAGAGAAGAUCCAGUAUGUGAGUUCAGUCAGGAAAAACAGGGAGAAGUGCUACAGCUGAUUAUGAAAGAUGUAAAAUCGGGUUUUACUUCAGAAAUGCUGAUUGAACAUUAAUUUGUAUAUGGAUGAGGUCAGGUGAGUCUGGCAGCUUGUCCUUGAUCUAUGCACUUCCUUAUCUGGAUGUAGUAAGGUAUGUUGAUGGGAAAGGCCUCUUCUUCCCUCUUUGAUGAACUUGGUCCAUAGUGUCAUGCAACUUAUCUUUGUUUGUACAGUGAUGUAACACACCACAAACCAAUCACUUAUUCCUUCCACAACUUUGAUACAAAUGUAAGUUCAUGCUGAAGAAUAAAAUCAGACAGUUUUCUAUGACUUUGUAUCGAAAAUAAUAAAAUGUAUUUUCUAAAGAGUU